CUGCUACUUCUGAUCGGUGGAGCUGUAUCAAUUAUCGUCGGUUACACUUGGCCUCAUGAAGGUGUCGAAGAAAGCAUAUACAAAAUCGUUAUCUACGAGGAUGAGGAUGGCGGUUACUACGUACCACAGGAUAAGCUGCGAGAGAUGCUACUUGAUCCGAUGAGGGUUUGGAAGACUGCAGGAUUCUGUGUGUUCGCUUCUGGUGCUGUACUACUUGCUAUUUCGCUGAUUGUGCCAACGUUAGCCGCGUGUAUUGGAUCAAGAAGACUUGCUAGCUUUAUGAGUGAGGAUAAUUCCCCUAAUGAACCACCUGUGCGCAUCUAUCCUCAGGAGAAGCCGUCCGUAUCACACUCGAGUGGUCCCGUGCCUGUUCUCGAAGAGAUCGCUAAAGUUCAACCUGGUGAGAAGACUUCACCUACCGGACUGCUCGACUCUGACAAGGCACCCCUUGUGCACUGAGC